UCAUGCGGAUGGAAACUUCUUAGCCGCAGAUAGAGGAAAAAGUCCACAGAAAGAUGUACGAAGAGGAUGACAGCACUACCAAUCCCAGCAGGAAUUCUCGGAUCCUGCCGGCCAAGUCUCCAGAUGUGGCCGACUGUGAUGGCACGAAAGAGCAGGCUCCCAAAUUAUGCGGCUACCUGAAUAAACUGCACGGGAAAGGGCCCCUGAGAGGGUUCAAAGCGCGCUGGUUUGUGUACGACCCGAGGAAAUGUUACUUGUAUUUUUUUAAGACUCCCCAAGACGCUCUGCCGCUGGGACACAUUGAGAUAGCGGACGCAUGUUUCAGCUAUGACGUGGAGGCAGAAGAGGGGCUCUUUGAGAUUCACACCGACGGCAAGGAGUUCCUGCUGAAGGCGCCCAACAGACAGAUGAUGCAUUACUGGCUGCGGCAGUUGCAGCAGAAACGCUGGGAGUUCUGUAACAUGCCUGGCCAUCGAGACAACUGGUGCUCUCCCACCCUAUUUUAUCCACAUAUGGGUCUGGUGGCCAAAGAUGCAGAAGCAACGCUCUUUGAGAAGCCCAGUGAAAGCAUGGAAAGUGUCCGGAGUGACUUUGCUGUUGAGAUGGACAGUGAUGGACUGGUUGGUGUUCAGACUGUACGUAGCCCUGUUGUACAGCCCACUGCAGCACUCAACUCCCUCAGACACUGGGGCUCUGAGAUCAGAAAUAGUAUGUCCCAUUUGCGGCCUGGCCGAUUAGGAGAAAACCGACGAAGUGUGUUUUACACAUCCAGCAAUGAGGACUGGGAGAUGGUGGACCCUCUAACCAGAGAUAUUUCAGAGUACAAACCCCCUCCUGAGGGCCAGCGCAGAGAGAGCCCAUCACACUCUCAGAGACACUCCAUUGGCUCUGCGUUCACGUUUGAUAUCCGCCCCUCACGAAUGAAGCGGCCCUUUCACAUGGGAUCUGGGAAAGCAAGCCGCAGCACGGAGUGCUCGCUGGUGGAAUGCGACGGAUCCAAGACCUCCGAAAUGCAGCUCUGCAUUCAGAGCCAGCAGGAGGAGAUCAACCGCUUGCAGGAGCAGGAGAACCACCUCCGGGAGGAGCUUGCCAGUCAGAAGGAGUUGGUUCGUCUUCUUCAGCAAACACUACGUAGCUCCCAAUGCGACUGGAGCUCCAUAGGACCUCCGGGGAGCAUGAGGCCCAGCAAUCCGAACCAGGAUGAGACCGAAGCAGCCAAAGCCCUGGCAGAACGAGACACCCAGAUUAAGGAACUUUGUAGCCACAUGGAGAGGCUGGCUUUGGAGAAAGAGAGUCUUCAGCAGGAGUUGAAGGGUUUGAAGAUCAAAGUUGGGGAGAUAAAUGAGCAGCUGGGAAUGCUAAUGGAAACCAUUCAGGCCAAGGACGAAGUCAUCAUGAAACUCUCCCAGCAAAGCGGUGAAGAAGGAACCCAAUCGGCUGAAUGCAGCUCACCUACUACUAGCAGGGAGCAGCAAGAGCUGGAUACUCUGAAGGACAGUCUUCAGGGCUACAAAUCCCAAAAUAACUUCUUAAACAAAGAAAUUCUGGAGCUGACCGUCUUGCGAAGAAAUGCGGAAGCUAGAGAGAAGGCACUGGAGACAAAGAAUACCAGUUUGGAGGCCAAGCUGUGUCAGGUUGAGAGUAAGUACCUGGUCCUACUUCAGGAGGUAAAGACUCCCGUAUGUUCCUCCUUAGAGCAAAACCAUAGCGGAGAGGUCAUCACUCGUCUACUAGAAGAUGCACUACAGGUGGAGAGCACAGACCAGCUGGAGCAUCCAAUACUCAAACCAAACGCUGUCAGCGAGUAUGACGUGUAUGGCUUCAAGACGGUCCCAGAAGAGGAGGAUGAGGAGGAAAAACUUGAAGCCAAAAAGAGAGCGCUGGACCUGAAGUCCCUUUCUCUUACAGACCAGGAGACAUCAAUCAGAGUGAAAUGGGACAACUACCUGGCCAUCACCAUGAACAGAGAGAUGGUUCGAUCUCCAGAGUUGAAGGCACUGAUGCGAAAUGGGGUGCCCCAUAACCACCGCUCCAAGGUGUGGAGCUGGUGUGUGAACUUCCAUGUGAAGAAGAUCCGUGACAGCCAGCCGAAAGACUAUUAUCAGAACCUUCUGUGCAUGGCAAGUGAUAAACCCAACCCAGCCUGCAAACAGAUAGAGCUGGAUCUCCUACGGACACUCCCCAACAACAAGCACUAUGCCUCCUCUGACUCUGAAGGCAUCCAGAAACUCAGGAAUGUGCUGCUGGCUUUCUCCUGGAGGAAUCCAGAUAUCGGAUACUGCCAAGGCUUGAACAGGCUGGCAGCUAUCGCUCUUCUGUAUUUGGAUCAAGAGGACGCUUUCUGGUGUCUUGUGGCCAUUGUGGAGGUUUUCAUGCCACGUGACUAUUACACUAAAACACUGCUUGGGUCACAGGUAGAUCAGCGUGUGUUUAAGGACCUGAUGUACGAGAAGCUGCCCAGACUUCACGCUCAUUUUGAACACUAUAAAGUGGAUUUCUCUCUCAUCACCUUCAACUGGUUCCUGGUUGUGUUUGUUGACAGCGUGGUCAGCGAAAUCCUCUUCAAGAUCUGGGAUGCUUUUCUCUAUGAGGGACCUAAGAUAAUAUUCAGAUUUGCUCUCUCACUUUUCAAAUACAAAGAAGAGGAGUUUCUUAAGCUUCAGGAUCCCAUGACCAUUUUCAAAUACCUUCGCUACUUCACACAUACAAUCUUGGAUGCAAGGAAGUUGAUGAGCAUGGCCUUUGUGGACAUGAACCCAUUCCCAAUGAGACAGAUCCAGAAUCGCCGUACAUUCCACCUGGAGAAGGUCCGUCUGGAGCUCUCCGAACUGGAAGCCAUCCGCCAAACCUUCCUGCGGGAGAGAGACACCACCCUGGACGGCCGCACGCUCAUCAGUGACGAUGAGGAGGACAGCUGAAGCACAACCAAUAAGAGACCAGAACAGCACAGCGGUUAACCAAUCAGAAAGUGGCUUAAAUAUUUCAAUGUUCUUUUGUAUUUCUGAUUUUGUUGAAAUCAGCUUUUGGGAAUCAAGGAACAAACAGAACUGUGAAUUUCGGGGACUAAAGAAGAGUAUUCCUGUUGCUUUUCAUUUCUUGUAUUGCUUGACCAAUAUUCCAUCCAUUUGUACAUUUAUGUUCACCAAAAUCAGUAUUGAAGUAACUCAAGUACUUUGCAUUAAGGAAGAUUGUUCUGGUGUGGACUGGACAAGUAUUCAAAAUGUUAUACACUUGCAUUAAGCUGGACAUAGUACAGGGAUGCACAGUCCUGGACACCAACAAUUUCUCUUGCGCUUAUUAAAACUUGUUCACGUACUUUCGGUAAUCGUCAUAUCCAGACAUCUGUAUUAAACAUCAUUAACUUGUUUAAUAGAAUAAGAUGACUUUAAACAUGUACAUGUUUUACAUUUCAGGUUUACGAGGCCUGCCCUCGUUUUUUAUACAUUCGGUACAUUUGUCCACAUUUUGUAUCACAUAAAUCACUUUAUUAGCAAUUUCUAGAUGCAAAUUCUCCUAUGAGGGAAUGUGUAUUAUUGUAAAGCAUGCUUAGGCAAAACCUAACAAAUGUUGCAUGCAAGCACAGUCAUGGACAUUACACUAGACAGAUCUCUCAAUCAUUUCAGAGAAUCACACUUCAACAGAUUUCACAAGCAGCAGUUCUUUUUUAUUGAGGUUUUACAAGCACAAUUUGCUGUCUUUUCAGAUGCCUUAUUUGGUACCUCUUUGUUUUUAAAUGCAUUUUUGUAUUGCAGGUAUAGUUCCUCUGUUUCUACUCUCUGCUUCAAGUUUGAAUAUUAUACCAACAAACAACUUCUUUUUUUUAUUUUUUAUAAUUGUCUAAAAAACACAAGAAAACACCAUUACACUGAAGCUGCUCACAAUCAACAUAAUAAUGUGCAUCCACAUCUGCUUCACAGUCUCGUUUAUUGCCAUUAAUUCUCAUUUAUGCUUUCUUAUUCAUAGAGGCUACCUUUGCAUGAAUGCCCAUUGAAUGCCAAAUUGAGACUUGUUAGACUUUGGAAUUUCUGUGAGAGCUGGUUUCUCACAAUAACUGUGCUUUCCAUGUAGGAUAUACAUUUGAUCACCCUCACUGGCCUUGUAAGAAAAUGUUUAGCGAAUCCUUUUGCAUUACUUUGAUAUUUAGAAAUAGUUUUUUGCAAGAUGUAUUUUUUUUCUCCUGUCCAAAUGAUUUCUAGAUAUAUUGCAUUUUGGCUUAUUGCUGAGCUAAGCCAAAACCAACAUAAUUUUGACAAAUUUGAGGCUUGUUGGUACAAACGUGUUUCCUUAUUCAUUGUUCUUGCCAAAUCUUACAAUCUUUUUUCAUAGUACAUACAUUUUACCCAUCGACUAUGUUUGUCUGAUAGCAAAGAAUUGUUUAAUUUCUUAAUGAGAGAGCUACGAUUUCAAACAUUUAUCUGUUAAGCAAAUUAUGCUAAACAAUUUUCUUUUUUUUGUGUUGAAGUUACUGAAAUGUUUUAUUCUUUUAUCACAUGAUAAAUAUCUUGUGUUUUACUUAUGCAUGAUUAUCUAAUAAAUUGC